AUGGCAGCGGCCUACUUGUGUACGUUGGGAGUGGUGUUGUCAUUGCUUUCCACUACACUGUCACUUAAGGAUAACGGUCCUAAAACCGUCUAUGUGAUUUUAAAUGAUGCAACACAGACAUUCAAAGUCUCCGAGAAUGUGGAAACUAAAUAUGUCGUGUCGGCGAACUACGUGGAUUCUAUGAAUGCGACCGGAUGGUCCUUCCUGGAUAUUGUAGCUUCAAGUGAUGUGGCAUACAAUGAUUCUGUGCGGGCUUAUGCUGCUGGCCUGGCGGAGAGUUACUUGACCCGGGAAUCCAUUAACCUCCAGUGGCAGAAUACCAUUGCUGGUUACUGUGAGAAGCCCUACAGUGACUACUGUAAACGACUUGAGGGUUUCCUUACCACAAACCUGGCCUGGGUUAAGGAACAGAUCCAACAGAACAGGGACAAUUCAUACUGGCAUCAUGUUGCCUUGUUCUAUGAGCAGCUGGCCGGGCUCCAGGAUGGCUAUGCUAACAAUGUUCGGCAAAUCAACAUGGACAUAGAAAUAUUUGGCCUAUACGCCUUCCAAUAUGGUGGUGACCUCGAGGACCUGGAGGAGGUGCUGCACAAACCCGUCCCUCGACGUAUCCUUGGCUCGGGGUCAUGUUCAGCUCUUGUCAAGGUCAUGCCUGGGAACGAGGAGAUAUUUGUAGCUCAGGAUACGUGGUCGUCCUACCAGAAUAUGCUGAGGAUUCUAAAGAGAUACAAACUGGGGUUUACAGCUGCGGGCCACCAGAACGUUCUUGCUCCGGGGGACACGAUGACAUUCUCCUCCUACCCUGGCAGCAUAAUGUCCGGGGACGACUACUACCACUUGUCGUCUGGGAUGAUUUCCAUGGAAACUACUAUAGGAAACAGCAACAAUGACCUAUGGAGGUUCGUGACCCCCCAGUCAGUUCUUGAAGGUGUCCGGUCCUUGGUUGCAAACAGACUGGCAACAGCAGGAGUGGAGUGGGCGUACUACUUCUCCCAAGAAAACAGUGGAACGUACAACAACAUGUGGAUGGUUGUCGAUAUGAAGAGGUUCUCACCAAAAAGUCAGUCACUGAAUUCAGGUCUUCUGACUGUCUUGGAGCAGAUUCCGGGUAUGAUCAAAUAUGCUGACUUGACGUCUUUACUGGAAACAAAGGGCUAUUUUGCAAGUUACAAUGUUGCAUAUUUCCCGGAGAUUUUCAAUGCAAGCGGGGGACCGGCGAAUGUGAAGAAAUACGGUGAAUGGUUCAGUUAUGACCACACCGCCCGUGCCAACAUCUUCCGCCGAGACCACUCCAAGGUGAAGGACAUCGACUCCAUGAUGAAACUCAUGAGAUACAAUGACUACACCCAUGAUCCUCUCUCUCGCUGUAACUGUACCCCACCAUACAGUGCUGAGAAUGCCAUCUCUGCCCGCUCAGACCUCAACCCCAAGGACGGGAAGUACCCCUUUGAGUCUCUGGGUCAUCGGUCACAUGGUGGCAUUGAUGCCAAGAUAACGUCCUACAACAACUUCAUGGGACUUGAGAAGACAUUUAUUGCUGUUGCGGGACCAACUUAUGACCAGUUACCUCCCUUCCAGUGGAGCAAGGCUGAUUUUGCCAGCGAAUGUCCACAUUUUGGUCACCCUGACCUGUUUCGCUUCACCCCCAUGAUGUAUAAUGGAACGAUCCCGGACUUGAAGUGGACUGCUCCAUAGCAAGGUGUUGCAGCUACAGCAAAUAGAACAGAGGGCUUAAAUUAAUGUUUACCUGCACAUUGCAUGUCUUUCAUAGAUAUAUCUUUUAUGACACAUAUUCACCAGUGGAACUCCACAAAUGCGAAAACAUGAUAUUUAUGGUACGGAUUGAGUGAACAUGACAUGUUUUAUUCUUUAAAGGACAUUUCAGAGCUAACUGUGAUGGAGCAAAAAUUAGCUCUGAAAUGUCUUCAUCAGGUGAUGAAGGAGCAAUAAUUAGCUCUAAAACGUUGUAUAAAGACUAAAAAGAUGUUUUUUUCCAUAAAAACAUGUCAUGUAUUCAUGUUGUUCCAACUUUUAAGUGCCUUUCAAGAACUUCAUGGCUUGAGAGUAUGUACAAAUGUUUACUUACAUUUUACUUACAAAAAAAACAGUCACUACUUAUGCUAACAUGUAUUUCUACCGCUUAAACUGUAGACUCCUUUAGUUAAACAAUAGUCAUUAUUAUAUUUACGUAUAAUUCUCCUUCUUAAACGUGAUCUUGUAAAAUAAAUUUCAUUAAAACAAUAAUCAGUAUAUAUUCACCUGCAAUUCUCUAAUUUAAUCUGCAGCUUCACCGAUAGAGUACACCUAUACAACAGUGGUGAUUUAUACUUAGAAUCCGACUUACGUUGUGAUGUCCUCUAAGUGCACUUAAAUAAUAAUAAAUGUUUAUAUUUACUGGUAAUUCUCCAACUUACUAUGAUUUCUUGAAAUGAUAUGGACUUUAACAAUUGUUGUUGUUUCUACUUACAUAUAAUUCUCAGACUUAAGCUGUUGUUAUUUACAGUAUAGUACAAUGUAACAAUACUUGCAGUUUAUACUUACCUUGUAUCCUUAGAUUUGAUCUGUGAUCUAAAAUUACACUUAAACAAUUAUCUAUAUUUACAUGUGAUUGUCCAUCUUAAAAUGUUGUCUGACAUAAACAAGAGUCAUCAGUUAUAUUUAUACGUAUUUCUCCAGUGAAACUUUGUUCUCUUGAACAAAAGGUGCUAUUUAUAUGUUACUUGGAAAUGUCCAACUUAAGCUGCGGUCUCUUAAAAUAGCAUACAUGUAAACCAUUGCUGCGGUCUAUUUUUACAUUGAAUUCUCCAACUUUAAUUGUAAAAGUUUAAACAGACAAACUGUGACAUACCAGGUGUGAGUACAUACAUAUCAUUCAAACUGGAGUACCCAUGUCUGUUACCAUAGUUACUGCUUCGUCCCAAAUAUAUGUUCUAUGUACACAUUCCAUGAAUUGCUUCUUGUUUAUUCCAACUUAUUAUCAACAGCGAAUUUAGUGAGCAAAUGAAUCAUAUCUGUGACUAAAAUUAAAAAUUAUUUGGAUUACCUCCCUUGGGUCAAGGCAGAAUAUUGUUAUUGAAGCCCAGUAUUGAAAGUGGUGAAAUCACAAUCUGUUUUACACCAGUUUGAUACAUUCUUCUAUCAAGACAGUAUUAAACCAAUGAUCUGUCAAGUUAUUUCCCUUGGUUCAAGGCUGUAUGUUCAUGUUAAAAUGUUUUUCAUGGAUUUUAGGUACAUUUUGUGUACUAUGUCUGAUGUCAAGUCAACCCACCAGUAACUACCAGGUUUACCUCUAAAUCAACCAUUUGUACUUCACAUAAAAUAAUUUCUUUUUUUCAGUUUGUAGAAUACACCAUAAUCAUUUGAGAAAGUACAAUAAAUCCAUUUUCUCCAAAUUUCAA